AUGGGGGUAAGUGAGGGCGUGGCGUUCCCCGGCGUUGGCGAGACGGCCAUCUUGAAGGCUGGCCGCCGCCGCCGAAUCGGCCCGCUUUCAAGAUGGCUGACUCCGCCUUCUGCCGGCAUUUCCGGUUUCUCUCAGGGCCCGGCUGCCGUUAGUCCCGCUGCUCGUCUCGGCGAGGCCCUUCCUCGCUGCCCGGUCCGCAGCGGCCUCGCGUCUCGGGGCCUCCGAGCCGGGCGGUCGCCGCGGGACAUGGCGCUGCUGCAGCUGCUGCUAAGGGGCCCCUGCUGGCGGCGGCUCGGCCUGGCGGGGCCCGCUCGGAGCUGGGGCCGGCCUCGGGGUGGCGGAGUGCUCCCGACCCUUCUGUCCCGAACACUUUCCCCCACAUUUCAAGGGCUCAGCGGACUCUUAGUGAAGCAACAUGUAAUUCGGGAUCCAGUGAGACUCUGGAAACUCUUAGGUGGCACUUACUAUUUUAGUACCUCGGGGUCUCGGUGGAAUAGCAAUAAGAAUGAAGGAUCCAAAGGGAAGUCUCCAGAGGAGGAUGAAGAGGAAAAGAAACGUAAGGAACGGGAAGAUCAGAUAUAUCGUGAGCGUUUGCGGAUGCUCUUCCUAAUAGCUGUCAUCAUGAGCCUGCUAAACUCACUGACCACCAGCGGGGUCAACAUUUCCUGGAAUGACUUUGUGAAUGAGAUGCUGGCGAAAGGGGAGGUCCAGAGCAUUCAGGUGGUUCCAGAGAGUGAUAUUGUGCAAAUCUAUCUGCACCCAGGAGCAGUCGUAUUUGGACGGCCUAGGUUUUCCAUGAUGUACAGGAUGCAGGUGGCAAAUAUUGACAAGUUCGAAGAGAAGCUGCGAGCAGCGGAGGAGGAGUUGAAUAUUGAUGUGAAGGACAGGAUCCCAGUCUCCUACAAACGCACAGGCUUUUUUGGAAAUGCCCUUUAUGCCCUGGGAAUGGCAGCUGUUGGUGUAGCCAUAUUGUGGUACAUCUUCCGCCUUGCUGGGAUCGCAGGAAGGGAAGGAGGAUUCAGUGCCUUUAACCAACUGAAAAUGGCUCGCUUUACCAUUGUGGAUGGGAAGUCUGGGAAAGGGAUCAGCUUCAAGGAUGUAGCAGGAAUGCAUGAGGCCAAAAUGGAGGUCAUGGAAUUUGUGGAUUAUCUGAAGAGCCCAGAGUGCUACCUCCAGCUUGGGGCCAAAGUGCCCAAAGGUGCCUUGUUACUUGGACCACCAGGCUGUGGAAAGACCUUGUUGGCAAAGGCAGUGGCUACAGAAGCACAAGUGCCGUUCCUGGCGAUGGCCGGCUCUGAGUUUGUGGAGGUAAUAGGAGGUCUUGGAGCUGCUCGUGUACGGAGCCUCUUCAAAGAAGCCAGGGCUCGUGCCCCGUGUAUUGUGUAUAUUGAUGAAAUAGAUGCUGUGGGUAAGACACGCUCGACCAACAUGUCUGGCUUUUCCAACACUGAGGAGGAGCAGACCUUAAACCAGCUGCUGGUAGAAAUGGAUGGGAUGGGAACCACAGAUCAUGUCAUAGUGUUGGCUUCCACCAACCGUGCUGACAUCUUGGAUGAUGCUCUGAUGAGACCCGGGAGGCUUGACAGACACAUUUUUAUUGAUCUUCCCACCCUCCAGGAGAGAAGAGAGAUCUUCGAACAGCACCUGAAGAGUCUGAAGCUGACCCAAGCUGGCAGCUUCUAUUCCCAGCGCCUGGCUGAGCUCACCCCAGGGUUCAGUGGCGCUGACAUAGCAAACAUCUGUAACGAGGCCGCUCUCCAUGCUGGCAGGGAGGGCUAUAAAUCCAUUGAUACUUCCAACUUUGAGUAUGCUGUAGAGAGAGUCAUUGCAGGCACUGCCAAAAAGAGUAAGAUCCUGUCGCAGGAGGAGCGGAGGGUCGUGGCCUUUCAUGAGUCAGGCCAUGCACUGGUUGGCUGGCUGCUGGAACACACAGAUGCUGUGAGGAAGGUUUCCAUAGCCCCUCGAACAAAUGCUGCCUUGGGGUUUACUCAGAUCCUCCCGAAAGAGCAGAACCUCUUCACCAAGGAGCACCUGUUUGACAGGAUGUGCAUGGCGUUGGGAGGGAGAGUGUCUGAAGCCAUCACCUUUAACAAAGUCACGACGGGAGCAGAGGAUGACCUGAGGAAAGUGACCAAGAUAGCCUAUUCGAUGGUGAAGCAGUAUGGAAUGGUGCCCAGCAUUGGGCAUCUUUCUUUCCCAGAGUUGGAGCACACGCCCGGGAUAGGUCGGCGCCCCUUCAGCCAGGGCCUUCAGCAAAUGAUGGACCAUGAAGCAAAAGUGCUGGUGGCUCAAGCAUAUAGGCACACAGAGAAACUCUUACUGGACAACCGGGACAAACUGCAAACGCUGGCUAAUACCCUCCUGGAGAAGGAAGUGAUAAACUACGAGGACAUGGAAGCCCUGAUUGGGCCGCCUCCUCACGGGCCAAAGAAAAUGAUCGUUCCUCAGAGCUGGCUUGAAGCAGAGAGAGAGAAACAAGACACAGGCGAUGAAGAGCCACCCCAGCAACCCCAGACCCGGGAAGAGGAGGAGGAACCCAGUUUGAGACUAGUAUGAAACCCAUUCCUGAUCCGGAAUGGGAGAGGAGGGCUUUAGAGGCUUUCUUCCAGCACCAUACCAGAGCCCUUCCCCUUUCAGCUGCAGGGUCAAAGGCACUGAGAGACCAGAGCAGGGGAUCUGUGUGUUGCCAAUAUCCUGCCCCUAUCUUCUGGGUGUGUCAGCCACUGUAUGAGGAAGGCUGUCUUCAGGGAGGGAUUCUGCAGCUGGUUAUCUCCAGGGUUGGGGAUUCCUGAUGCAAGCACAGACGUAGUUGGUCAUGUGAGGCAGAAAGGGGUAAUACAUGGGUUCAGAAUGAAUUUAAAUGCUAAAAUCUCUUUUGGGCUCAGCACAGUGUAAACGCUCAACAUCUGUGCUGUGACAUGGGUGUGCGCUGCCAUUCCUUCCCAUGCCACAGCUUUGGAAGUGUCUCUCUGUCAGGCACAACCACUUGAAAGGGCUCAAGGCAGUUUAAGACACAGUAGUUACUACAUGACUUGACUGUACCCUUUGAUUAUCUCUGCUCAGAGUUUAAAAAUAUACUGACUGAGAGAACAAGGUUCACUGGAGUAAAAUGGUCUUUGCGCAUUGUUCUAUAGAACAUAUUAAUACAUGCAGGAGGCUGGGGCAUUCUAAGAUGUACAUGAGACCUGUUAUGACAAGUACACAGUUCUGCAGAUUUAGGGGCUUCCUCUGCUCGUUGAUCUCUCUGAUAGUUCUGUGCCUGUCUCUCUCUCUGGGGAUUGGUUGGUUUGGGGUUAUCAGUUCGUGGAUUAUCAACAUAGUUUGAGUUACCAGUUUGUGUGCAGGUACUGGCCAACUCCACAUGUCUAGGAUCUACUUUUACAUCAGAAGCCCAUUUUCCAGAUCAGGACUGAACACAAGUGCAUUGAGAGGCUGAGUCUAGAUGUGCGGUUUCUUUUCUCAAUAGGAACUUGAGAAGCACCUUUCAGUAAGGACUCUGGGAUGGAAACCCGGGUGUUCAUUUGCAUUGAUUUUUACAGGGGGCUGUAGACUGAAUUCCUUUACUUGUGUUCAGACCUUUAAGUCCUCUGCAGAAGAACCUUGUUGGGGCAUGAUCAUUCUCACUCCACAAUGAGAGCAUCUGAAAUAUCUGUGCGUUGAUGUCUGGGGUAUUUUGCUGGCUGGCUGUAUAAUGUGCCCUUUUCUCUUAUUGAGGAUUAUUUCCAUGGAUUAUUCCAUGAGGAUUAUUGUCUGUGUCCCUGAAAGGCCCCAGUCCAGGUGCUCCCCCACCCCAGUUUCUUCUAUAGGGGGCUAAGAGGUCUGAACACAAGUGAAGGGCUUCAGUCUACAGCCCGCCGUAGAAAUCAGUGCAAAUGAACACGCCUCACAUUAUUGCCAUCAGACUUCCAUUUGUGGAGAACUAGACAAGACUUUUGAGGCAGCUGAUGUUGUGUUGUUCAGAUGGAAGGGAUGCAGUUAUCCAAGCCAUUCUUGCCCACCAUCACUUAUCUGAUGCAGAGCCUGCUUCUGUCUCAGGACUCCCAACCUCUGCUGGGUUUAGGAGUAAGGCUGGGUCCUGAAAAUUGACCUGCCUGGUCUCUAUAGGCUACUGUAGGGCGGUGCCACCUGCCUGACCCACUGGUUGUACUAGUUGUAAUGCCAGCUCGGUGUUGGCACAGCAUUCUGUAGUAGUUUUUACUUGUUAAUCUUAUGAGGGAGGGAUGUUUUUCUUCUAGUCUGGGACUUGAUAUUUCCAUUGCUUUUUCCCUUUUUUUUCUUUUUAACAUGAUGGGCUUCCCCUUUAUUAUUUGAACUCUAGAAUUUCACCUGCUAUAGAAACUGUAUUCACUUCUCAACCUUCUAAAAAUGGUCUCAAAUAUGUUCUGGGCCUGUUUGCAUGCAUACGUGGAAUCUGGUAGCACUGCUGUUAAUUGUAGUGUGAAUACAAAUGUAAUGCAAUUGGUUUGGGACUUUUCUUAAUAAACAGCAGGCUCCUGUGUUUACAG